AAAAACCCUCUCCCUGUAAGCCCAACUGCCGCUCACCCCCCGCGUCGCCGCUCGAAUCUGUCAGCCCUCACCUUCGUUCGCACCGCUUCGCCCAACUGCAUUAAGCCGCAGGAGUGUCGUGCCUCUCCCUUUGCCCAGCAGCUCAUCUGCUUGUACGAACCCACACAGUUGCGCCGCCAGGUUAGUCUCCAACCGUUCGAGCACCGUGCACGUCAAACCUAAGCAGAGCCCUUGCGCUGAUCUCCAGCCGCCAAAUCUGAGUCGGAGCUUCCCCAGCCACGCCGUCAAACCUGUUUUCAGCGCAAAUCUGUUCCACUUUUGUUUUUGGGUCAUUGUUCAACGGCCAUUCAGCCCACAUGCACUGUUUAGACAUCCAUUUUGGCCGAAACCCUUGUUUUGGCGGAGUUUGAAGAUUCGAAGCGUGUUGAGCGAGGUUGCAAAGGUUUGACCUUGGUAGAUUUUGGUUGGGCAAACAAAUCGAGCUUUGGAAUUGACUUCGAGCCAAGCCACAACUUUGUUGUAUAAGGAACACCGAUCCUCGUGGGCCUAUUUGGAAAUGGUAGAAGAGUUCAUUGGGCUUUAGAGGACGAACAUUUCGUUCGCAUUAGCCAUACCGGGCCAGCAAUUCCGCCACGGAAGUGAAGCAACAACGCAAUUUCGGUUGGAAACUUGGAAUUCUCCGAUUCACCUCCGGUUGGCUUCUGAUAAUCUCCGAUGGAGCAUGGAGAAACCAAUAAUAAUGUUCAUGUUACGGUUCAAAAUUCCCCACAACCGCCGCCGCUGGAGGAGCAGGAACUACAACAACUGACAGAACCACUACCGAAAUCAUUCCAAGAAGAUGAACAAGAUGAAGAGUUACGUAAACUUCUGAUUCCCGAUGUUAGGGAUCUUCCGCUCGCGCCUCCCUCCGCCGUCGAGACCAAUUUCGUCUCGUAUUUCGCUCCCGAUUUUAUAAAGGAAGGUCAUGAUCAGUACGUUUACCGCCACGCUAACGGAUUGUGUGUGAUCGGCUUGGCUGCUACGCAUAUUGCAUUCAAAGACAGUGGCGGGGUCACAGCCGUUGAUUUCAAUGUAGGGAAAUCCGAUCGCAGCAGCUUUAAAGUCACUGGCAAACGCAAGAAGAAUGCGCAAUUCUUUGAGCCCAAUUCUGCUCUAUGUAAAGUCUGCACCAAAGAUGCCUCUUAUAUUGUCAGGUGUUCUGUUAAAGGUUCCCUAUUGGAAGUAAAUGAUCGCUUAAUGAAGCAGCCAGAGUUGCUCAAUACUGUGGCUCACAGAGAAGGGUACAUUGCUAUUGUUAUGCCAAAAGCAGCAGAUUGGCUGAAAGUGAAGGAGUCAUUGCUGAGCCUUGAAGAAUACAAAAGAUUGAGAGAGCUUAACUGAGUCAUUCAUCCGCAUACAGAAACAAGUAAGUCAUAGAUUUCUUCAAUUGAUGCUUCCUCCAUCUGUUCUUUUUAACCCGCUAGGUUCAUCUCGCAGCAUAUUUUAACCGACUGCUGAGUGAUAAUAAUUCACCCAAUUCUGGUAAGCUUGAGAACUAUAUAUUUACCUCGCCUGGCAUUAUGUGAUUUAAUACGACUUAUCAGGUAUAGUAAGUUUAAAUCAUAUUUUCAUCUUUGAACUUUCAAUCCUUAUGUCUUCAAGUUUUGGUAGUUGAACUUUAUAAGAAGUCUUUGGUCCUUGCUACUUAAUUUCAGCACUUAAGUUAGCAAAA